AAGGCGUACUUUGGUCGGCUGUCGUUCAAUGGUUGGAGGCCGGGCUGUAGUAGCGCCGAUUCUAGCGUUUCCUCCUAUCGAGUGAGUAUUGGCGGUAUGUAGGUAUGUAGGUAAUUAGGUCCUGAAAAUCCGGGGUAAAAAUCAGACCAGACACACAUGGUAUCCAUUAUAGCCCUGCCGCCUCUCGGCUCGGUAGCAGCACUCGAUCCAGCCGUCCGUCCGUCGGUCCGUCCAUUGAUCGAUGGACCACCCUGGGGUUCGAGGGGGAUGACCCAGAGGCUGAUGGAUCUGUAUAGACCAGUUUCCUCAUCACCAGUCAACAAAAGACCAGGAUUCGUUAUUCCGCAUCCCCGCAAGCUUCUGCACUUCACCUUCAGGGGUUCUUACUUUCCCCCUUUCCCCGUUCUCUCUCCUCGGCAGCGGCGGCAGCAGCAGCAUUCAUGCAUAUAGCGAUGGGACAACAGGAGAAACCGUGAAUAUGCCUUUUUGCUAUCCCAGUCCGUUCAUUCAUAAACGAGUAGACAAUAAACUUAUAGACAGGUGAAGGCCAAAAUAUAAAA